AUGCAGAUGUCUGUACCAAUUCGAGCUCCAACAUGGGUCUCCAUACGAAGACUUUUUGAACAAAAGCUAUCAAAUAUUCACAAAUGCAUAGACCUAAACCACUUGAAGCAAGUUCAUGCACUCGUAUACAAAGCCAAUCUUCACAGAGACCUUUUCGUUGCCCCCAAACUCAUCUCUGCGUUCUCACUUUGCCGCCAAAUGGUGUUAGCAGUUAACGUUUUCAACCAAGUUCAAGAACCCAAUGUUCAUUUGUACAAUACUUUGAUCAGAGCUCACAUUCACAAUUCUCAGCCCUCUCAAGCCUUCGCUGCUUUCUUCGACAUGCAAUAUUGCGGCUUGUGCCCCGAUAAUUUCACGUACCCAUUUCUUUUGAAGGCUUGUUCUGGCCAAGCUUUGUUGAGAUUAGUUCAAAUGAUUCACACCCACAUUGAGAAAUUUGGGUUUUGUUCAGAUAUAUUUGUUCCCAAUUCGUUGAUUGAUUGCUAUUGUAAGUGUGGUUGGAUUGGUGUUUAUGAGGCAAGGAAGUUGUUUACAGUGAUGGAGGAACGAGAUAUUGUUUCUUGGAAUUCAAUGAUUGGUGGGUUGGUGAAGGCUGGUGAGUUGAGUGAAGCUUGUCGAUUGUUCGAUGAAAUGCCUGAGAGAGAUACUGUGAGUUGGAAUACGAUAUUAGAUGGGUAUUCAAAGGCAGGAGAGAUGGACACGGGUUUUGAUUUGUUUCAAAAGAUGCCCGAGAGGAAUGUUGUGUCUUGGUCGACAAUGAUUUCUGGUUAUUGCAAAGCCGGGGAUAUGGAGAUGGCGAGGAUGUUGUUUGAUAAGAUGCCGGCCAAGAAUUUAGUUACCUGGACUAUAAUAAUAUCUGGGUAUGCUGAAAAGGGGAUGGCAAAGGAUGCGAUUAGCUUGUUUGAUGAAAUGGAGGCGGCACGAUUGAAGCCUGAUGAUGGGACUAUUAUUAGCAUUUUAGAUGCUUGUGCGGAGUCUGGCUUGCUUGGAUUGGGGAAGAGAGUUCAUGCAUCGAUUGAGAGGAUUAGAUAUAAGUGUAGUACUCAUGUGUCCAAUGCUUUGGUAGAUAUGUAUGCAAAAUGUGACAGUGUGCACAGGGCAUUAAGUAUUUUUAAUGGGAUGGCAAAAAGAGAUUUGGUGUCUUGGAAUGCCAUGAUUCAAGGGUUGGCAAUGCAUGGACAUGGGGAGAAAGCACUUAACUUUUUCUCUAGAAUGACACAAGAAGGAUUUCCGCCUGAUAAAGUGACCUUUGUUGGUGUUCUAUGUGCUUGUACGCAUGCAGGAUUUGUUGAGGAGGGCAUUCAAUACUUUUAUGCAAUGGAGAGAGAUUAUGGAGUAGUUCCCGAAAUUGAGCAUUAUGGUUGCAUGAUUGACCUUUUAGGUCGCGGUGGACGUCUCAAGGAAGCUUUUAAGCUUGUCCGCAGCAUGCCAAUGGAACCAAAUGCCAUUAUUUGGGGAACUCUUUUAGGGGCAUGCCGAAUGCAUAAUGCUGUGGGAUAUGCCAAGGAGGUGCUUGAUCAGUUAGUUAAACUGGAACCAACAGAUGCAGGAAAUUUUUCCAUGUUGUCAAAUAUCUACGCAGCAGGAGAUUGGGACAGUGUUGCUAGUGUAAGGCUGCAGAUGAAGAACACUGGCACUCAAAAGCCAUCAGGGGCUAGUUCAAUUGAAUUGGAUGACGAUGUUCAUGAAUUUACAGUACUGGAUAGAUCACACCCAAAAUCAGAUGGUAUAUAUCAGAUGAUUGAUGGAUUAGGUCUGCAUCUCAAGCAACUUGGUUAUGUACCAAAGUAUGAUGGGUGUGGUGUGAUUUUGGCACAAUCAGGUGGAUUGGCCCCGCUUCUCUCUCCUCUUAUUCUAGAACAGGUUCACAUUAGAGAGCUUGAGGAAGAAGUAAAACUUCUUAAGAACCUUUCGCAUCCAAACAUUGUGCUAUUAUGGGCAGUUUGUUAUGUACCAAAGUUGAAGUGGAAUAGCUCUUGAAUUGGUCCUAUACUGGAGAACAUAGCGCAAUAGCGGAGAAAGUUCUUGCAGCUGCUUUUGCUCAGGUCUCUUUGUGCAGACAUAAAGUUAACUUUUUCUGAUAAACCAAAAAAGGGCAUCUUAUAUUCAUUGUUCAUCUAAUAUACACUUUUAGCAAUUUCUGGGCAGAUGUCAAGUGCCUUCAGUUUAUAAGUUGUAAUUAAUCCUGGGCAGAUUAUUAGAGAAUACAAGUUGUAAUUAAUCCUGCAAUAUGUUGUUCUGGAUUGUUAUUUCUCCUUCAGUUAACAAGUAAUUGUUUGAGAGGCUUUCUUGAAUUUUGUAGCCUCUCGUCUCUGUGAUAUAUGAAUUGCCACUUCCAGCUAUUUGGAAGAAAUUUUUUAAA